UGUUGACUGACAGUGACUAACUGCUCUUGGAAACUGGCAUUCACUUGCUUAAAUUGAUCAAAUCUAAAUUGGUGUAUUUUUUGGUAAAGUCUUUCUGUCUUUUAAAAAUGAAAAGUGGAAUGGAAUUAUGCUUGGUGGUAUUGACACAAGUGUGUAGAAUAAAUCUCACUUUUUUCUUUUAAAUCUAGCAUGGCAAAUGGAUGUUGUGUAUUACAGUACAUUGUUGUGACAGUUAACUCAGCCUAACUUGUUCAGUCCCUAACAGGCGGGAAAUUCGAUUACUGUAUUUAUCAGUACCAGUGCUCUGGGUUGCCUGUCUGCAAGGAACCGGCGUUGUAUGUACUGGAUUUGUCUGGAUUUUUUAAACAUUUGCAGAGAAUAUAUUAGUGGGUCCAGAAUUUAAUUCCACAUUGAAUCUCUUUAUCGCCACUCAGAGAGCUCAUUGCCUGCAUCUUUUUCUUUUUGUUUUAUGAAAGCAAGAUGUUGGAUUUUGAAUUGUAGAGAUGAAAGUAAGUCCACUUGAGUUCUCUGCUUUUAAACUAACUCAUGCUGCUUUUAGGCUGUUUGGAUUGGAUAUCCAAGGCAGGGACUGUGGAGAUGAGGCAGCUCAGUGGUUCGCCACCUUCUUGAAUACACAGUCAUAUCGACUGGUGCACUUCGAGUCACAGAUGACGCCUAGGAAAUCCAGAGACAUAUUCACCACUUUCCGAUCCAAGGAUAAGAUUGCCUAUCCCGACUGUAGCCCAGCCAUGAUCCUCUCAGAAGCUUCGUUGGAAGAUCUAAAUACUAGGCUGGAGAAGAAAGUUAAAAUACAGAACUUCAGACCAAAUAUUGUUGUUACGGGUUGCAAUGCUUUUGAGGAGGAUUCCUGGAAUAAGAUAAAAAUUGGUAAUGUGGAGAUGAAAGGGACAAUGGCUUGCCCCAGGUGUAUUUUAACAACCAUUGAUAUGGAAACUGGGAUCAUUGACAGAAAGGAGCCACUGGAAACACUGAAAAGUUACCGUUUGUGCGAUCCUUCUGAGCGACAUCUCUACAAAUCCAGCCCUCUGUUUGGAUGGUAUUAUGGAAUUGAUAAAACUGGAACGCUUCAAGUUGGAGACCCUGUGUACAAGAUAGUCAAUUGAUGGAAGAUGUAUUUUGAGUGGAAAAUAAUUGUUCAUUUUUAUAUGCAAAUGUGUUUUUCUGUAAUCACAGAGCCUGAAAUAACUCCUUGAUGUUAUCUUGAGGUGUAAAGUACACUGUCCUUGAUUGUCCACGGAUCCUGUGACGUGCCAAAGUCUUCUCAAAGUCUUGCCAAAGUCAGUCCACUAAUGUGCCUUGAGUCCCUAAAUCUAAAACUAAAUCUUUAGUUUUCCAUUAGCGUGUAAACGGCAAGCUGUCAAACCCUUAGAUCAGAUGCUAAAGUGAUUUUCAGUCUUACACACACACACACACACACACUUAUAUUAUUGCUAUUUUGGAAUGAGGAAAGAGGGUGAAACAAGUUGGAUGAUGAUAAUCGAAUGUUCCCUUCAAAGUUUGCCUAUGUUUUAAAUUCCUAUCUAAAUUAUAAUGCCUUAAGAAAACCGCUCUUGGAACAUUUUGAUCUCGUUACUUUGUUAUGGAUUGGCAGAUAGAGCAAGAAAUUCUGAACCAGCAAAAGAGUGGGUUGUGACAAGGCACGAAGUAGGCGAGACUGUUUUGGAGCUUAGGUUCUCUACUUUCUAUUGUGAACAUUGAAGUGCUGUUCUGUUUCAACAUUCUUGAAUAACAGCCUAGUAAAGUGAAGAAUUAGGCUGCUGCUGCCCUGUUGUUGACUCAGUUAACAGUACUGGGCAAGCACUUACCAUGCUUGUUGCAAGUAAUGCCUGCCUGCCUACCUGUCUUUCACUGGUGUUGCCGAGGAUUGACUGAUUUUUGUAAAGUGCUAUAUAAAUACCAAGUAUUAUUGUGGCAACAUAUCCCAGCAUUAGCCCCUGAAGAAAUGUAACAUUGUGUGUGCACAGUGCGGUGGACAGUGGCAGGCAGUGGCAGAAUAAGUGUCCCUAUGGGCAGAAUUUGGUGAACCCUAUAAAGCUCAUGCUCCUGAGCAUAAAGAAGUUGAACAAAAUGUAAAUCCAUUAAAAUUACAGUAAUUAAAGGUGGGCUUUGGGGAUCUAGGGUAGAUAAGGUCAGAUGAAUAUUUUUUAAUACACAUUUAACAUUUUUAACUGAUGGAAAUGUAAUUAUUUGAUUGAAGCAGCUAGGGGAACGAGAUUAUAUAAACAUUGCUAAUCAGACAAUUAACAAUGGUUUUCUAAAAUUAUGUACUUAAAACUGUAAAACAGAUUUUAACUCUAGAAAUAAAUAUAAAUCAAAAUAUAAA